AUGCCUGCCCACGAAGACGUACAACCCUCUUCUUCACGGCCAAACGAACCCGUGAUGACCGAAUUUCAAUACACGAAGCUCACCCCGAACUCUUCUGAAAUACGACUUAUGACACUGCAACCGGGCGAUCAAAAUGCCCCGAUUGCAUGCACUGUUGAUGUCCACCUGCUCAACGAUAACCCCUCCCUCCCAGAAUAUGAGACUCUUUCUUAUGCCUGGGGCGGCGAGGGUGAGAAACAAGACAUCAAGGUUAACGAAGACUACAAUUUAAAAAUUGGAAAGAACUUGUGGGACGCUCUACGCCGCAUCCGCAAGGCUGACGGGGACCGCACGCUCUGGGUGGACGCGAUAUGCAUCAACCAGAGUGACCGAGACGAGAAGGAAAAGCAACUUCCGAGGGUUGGAGCCAUCUACAAAAACUGCAAAAACUGCAUGAUCUGGCUAGGAGUUCCCUCCCUCCCAACGCCGCCCCCGUCGACCUCCCCAGGAGCAGCUGAUUCACCCCCUCUCAGUGCUGCCGCCGCUGCCAUUGAGCUGCUCGGGAUGUUUGCGAGUUGUUUGCCAACCAGUGGCGGGGUAAAACACUUGUCUCAGCUCGAGUGCUUCACCGUCGCUGAUGCGGAACGUGAACCCCGGGAACGGACGGACGUUAAUGAUUUAUACACCGGUCAUUUCGAGGCGUUGACGGCGCUACUCGAACUGGACUGGUGGAAGCGGACCUGGGUGAUCCAGGAGCUGGCUCUACCGGCCCACAUCGAGUUCCUGGUUGACGACAAAAUGUUCCAAUACGAGGACUUGAAGAAAGCAGUGGAGGGGUUGGUAUACCACUCCACGAGGGCCUGCUGCAAGAAGCAUAGGCUUGGUCUGCGGGCACUCGGCUUCGAGGCAGUUGUGACAAUGGAAGAGAAGAUUGCAUCCAUGGUGUUUGUCCGCCAACAACGGUUGGAUAACAAGCACAUCACGUUUACCCAGCUUCGAAGGCGAUUCUGCGGAUCCCAGGUUUCUUGGAAACGAGACUUCUUUUAUGGCUUCCUCGGCAUUGUCACCGGCUCGACCCCCCUUUCUCCCAGCUACAAAUUGCCCCUACGGACGGCCAUCAGCGAAGCCACGUAUGCCUGCGUCACAAAAGAAACCGAUGGAGUUGCGCUGCUUCUCGGGGAGCGGCUCUUCCGCUCUCAAAACCCUUACACAAGGCUUCAUGUUCCUUCAUGGGUGUCCGACGCUUGCUUUUGCACCUUCCCCCAGAAGUGGGGGCUCGUCGAGCGUCGCCGGCUGAGCAUGUACGAGUCCUUCAACGCGGGACAAAACGGCACGGGACAAAGCAGCCCGAGGCAAAACAGCGCAGAACGCCAGACGUUCGUCAACAAUUUGAGCAUGAGCAAGAACGGCAUUCUUGUGACCGAGUCCUACCAGAUCGGGAAAAUCGACGAGGUCGGAGACGUACUGGUAGACACAAAUCAGUGGACGACAGUGCCCCGUGUUCUGUUAUCGUGGAUGGAAAUGGCGGGGAUCAGCCCCCUCACUUGGCCCGCAAGCCCCGUUGACCUCGAUGAAGGGAAAAUGGUUUUCUGGAGAACAAUGAUCAAUGACUCGGUCGAGAAAGACGGCGAUGACUCAGUCGAGGAAGUUGGAGAGAGCCCCCAGUACCAAAGGCCUAGCAUAGCCGACAGUUACCAAGAGUUGCAUAAGCUGUGGGAGGCGAUUGGCCAUCAAACCUUGAGGGCCUUCUUUCCCAGCAGUGCUGAAGGAGCUCAGACUCCACGCACCAAGCCUGACCCUCACCAUUCUGUGUUGCAUAACGCGGUCGUGUCCCUGAAUCCGAAACUGGUCUACCACCUUCUGGCUUGCUUGUGGGAGCGUCGGCUGUUUAAAGCAAACGGGAAAAUCGGCUUGUCGCCGAGAGACACAGAAAAGGGGGAUGAGAUCCACGUCAUUUUGGGCUGUCCGGCCCCCUUCAUACUCCGUCCCCUUGGCAAACCGGGAUCCCCAGGCGCAGCGUUCGAGAUAGGGGACCGAGAAACUGAUCCACUCCCUCAGUACAUGGUGGUUGGAAACGGUUUCUUCGAUGGCUACAUGGGUGGCCGAACCGCGGUAGUCUCUGGUCAUCAACCCCGGAAAGUUGCAAUUCACUGA